GCUGCAUACAUCGAAGGACACAACAGCAGAACUGGUUUCUUUUGCUAGAUCGAAAUCAUGGCAGGUCUAGAAACUAAUACCAAAUUCCAUUUCACUGGUAUCAGAAAAUAUUUCAACUCUUAUAUUCUCACAGACAGAAUGCAUUGUGUACUGGACACGUACAGAGGCAUUGCUUUGGUGUUCUUAUACUUCAAGUUAAGGUCAGAAAAAACACCAGCUGUGAGAGGAACAUCAAUGAAUUUGAAACUGUACCUUAUCUGUUAA